CAAUGGUAUAGAUCAUAUAUACUAUAACUGCAAUAAUUCGUGUUUAUUUAAUGAAAACUACAGUUAUUAUAGAGACAAUUAACGAAGGCUUCCUCACCCUCAAUCUUAAAAGGAGAGAAUCAAACUAACACGUGAUCUCCCGCUAGCGCAUGGUAGUGACAAAGCCCAUUGAAGCUCGUCGAACAUUCCGAGCCGACACCAUUGACCAACUUAAGAUCUCCAUCUCCGGCAUCUACAUCCUCCAAAAUGUUUCGCACAGUUCUCCUCAAAUCCGCACGCAGUGCUGCCAGCCAAGCUGUCCAUAGAGCCGGCCCAAUUACCCGUCCUGCGUCGGCUAUCCCAACUUUCCAGUACGCCCCGUCGGUAGUCAACGCCGCGAGAUGCUACUCCGCUGCCGCCGGGCUCGCCAAGCCAGAGGUUGAGGGAAGAAUUGUUGAUCUGUUAAAGAACUUCGAUAAAGUCACCGACCCUUCUAUGCUCACCGCUACCUCCCACUUCAACAACGAUCUUGGUUUGGACAGCUUGGACACGGUUGAGGUUGUGAUGGCAAUUGAGGAGGAGUUCAGCAUCGAGAUCCCAGACAAGGAUGCGGAUGCCAUCCACAGCGUGGACAAGGCCGUUGAGUACAUCCUUGCACAGCCAGAUGCUCACUGAUCGGUGAAUCGCACUGGUGGAGGAUAUAUGUUGGGAAACGGGGAGGGGUGUCCGAUGCGCCUUAACGGCGCGUCGCUGUAUAUUUUUUGACAUCCCAUAAUAGCAUGUUGAAUGAUACUUUGUAAAACUGUUCUUUAGAAGAAAUCCUGCUC